AUGACGGGUAAGGAUUGGAAGCAGCAAAAACUGCCCGGAGACAACGAGUCGGACUCCGGUUACCCCCAAAAGCCGCAGAAAUAUGAGCAGGCUAAGUACGAAGCGGCGAAGUAUGAAGCAACGAAGUACGAGCCCAGCAAGUACGAGGCGGCAAAGUACGAAGCAACGAAGUACGAGCCCAGCAAGUACGAGGCGGCGAAGUAUGAAGCAACAAAGUGUGAGCCCAUGGAGCCUUCUUACGCGCAGGGGAAUGGCAAGAGUGCAGCCGCGUACGAAUACGCCCAGCCUGCUGACUACCAGAUGCCAGCGCCCCAGGAGCCCGAGGUACGCCACGACGCCCAGGGGCCUUCCCGAGGCUCGCAGAUGGCGAUGCAGCGAGCUCGGGAGCGCUUCACAUCUUCCCACAUGCCCGCGAUGCAUGCACCUGGAGAAAUGCCCGUGAGGAGACUCCAGCUCUCGGAAGUAGACGAGCACCGCAGGAGCCAGUCCCCCUCGAAGAAGGCUGGCUACUGCGUCGACGAGCUCUGCAGCUGCGGAAUGCACAAGUGCACGCCGUCCAGGACCCCCCUACCCUUCGAGGGAAAUACACACUAUCGCGAAGAAUUCGUGGCCAAGCCUCUGCCCCCGCAAAUGCGCCCGGGCGAAGUGCAUGUGCCGCCGAGUCUCCCGUUCGAAGCCGAAAGCAGCUACCGCACAGAGUACGGCCCCAAGCCCCUGCCCACUCCCCUGCAACCUGCGGAGGUCAAGCUGCCGCCCAGCCUGCCCUUCGAGGGUCAGUCUGCGUACAGAGCUGACUACGGUCCGAAGCCCCUUCCUCCCCAGAUGCGUCCUGGCGAGGUCAAGCUCCCGCCCACCUUGCCGUUUGAGGCGGAGUCCUCUUACAGAACUGAGUACGGCCCCAAGCCUCUCCCUGCGCCGAUCCGACCUGCUGAAGUGAAGAUGCCUCCCACCCUGCCGUUCGAAGGCAACACGCAGUACCGCGAGGAGUUUGUCCCGAAGCCGCUGCCCCCCACUAUGAAGCCCGCAGAGGUUAAGCUGCCCCCGAGCCUGCCGUUCGAUGCGAAUUCGAUGUAUCGUUCUCAGUACGUGCCGAAGGAGAAUCCGGUCUGCCAGCUGACGCGCCUUCCUCAAUACCCUCAGGCCUCCUAUCCGUCGAAUCACGUCUUCUGGGACUCGGUUACCAAGCAGUGGUACUAG